AUGUUCGCCAAGAUUGCUACGACUGCUGGUCUCCGCGGUGCCGCGCGUGCGUUUAGCACGCGCGCUGCGCCUGCGAUGCGUGCCUCGCGCUCGCCGCUUGCGCUCGCUGCCGGCGCCGCCGUCGCGGGUGUGUCGCUCUUUGCGCUGCCCUCGGUGCAGCUCGAGGCGCCCGAGCCGAGCAUUGCCGGCACCUACGCCACGGCGAGCGAGCGCAGCUUUGUCAUGAUUAAGCCGGACGGCGUGAGCCGCCAGAUCGUUGGCAAGAUCAUUGAGCGCUUCGAGACCCGCGGCUACAAGCUGGUCUCGAUCAAGUCCGUGCUCCCUUCGGAGGAGCUCGCCAAGACGCACUACGCGGACCUCGCGCACAAGCCCUUCUUCCCCGCGCUGGUCAAGUACAUCACCUCGGGCACCCCGGUGAUCGCCAUGGUCUGGGAGGGCAAGGACGUCAUCCGCCAGGGCCGCCGCAUGGUCGGCGCGACCAACCCCCUGGAGGCCGAGCAGGGCUCGAUCCGCGGCGAGUUUGCCGUGAGCGUCGGCCGGAACAUUAUCCACGCCUCGGACGGCUUCGACUCGGCGACGAAGGAGAUCGGCCUCUGGUUCGACGAAAAGGAGCUCGCCGCCUACGAGCCGGCUGCCUGGAACCAGAUCAUGGCCGACAACUAA